CGGUCAGAGGGGAGGAGGCCUGAAGCUCAAAACACAGAAACCGUAACUGUUUAUGUUGCUGUAAGUGCGUGUUUAUCCGGUUUUAACAGCAUGUUUUGUGACUUUGUGUUUUUUGAUGAACCAGCUAUUUUUUUCUUCAGGGUAAGUUAGUUGCAUCUUACCGACUAGCUCCGGGAGUCCGGUGUUCUCACUAUCCGUGCUUCCUCGUCGAAUUUUCUUACCGCAGCGUGUUUCAACAGCUGAUUCAGUAUGUCCAGGGUUACUGAAAAUCGGUAGCUACUGUUAAUUUAUUCUGUAAAAAAAGUGGAUAGUGUAAGAAGCAGUUUAGUCAUUUCGUAAAAAUUAACCCCUUAGUUGCUAAAAACAUUUGAAUAUUCUCAGAACAAUGACGAUUUACCAACUACUUUCACCCAUGUCGAGAAAGUGAUUCAUAAAAAUGGAGAUUUGUAAGACGUUAGCUCUAACCGUUCUAUUUCUCUAUCUAAUCCUUUAUUAGACAAAUGAAUCCACAUAGAACAAAUAUGCUCUUCCCCCAAUACUUAUAGUUGUUUGGAUGUAUAAUUUUGGAGAUUAUUAUACAACUAUGAUAAAUUGUUAUAUGUAUAACAUAAAACUUUUGGAUAUUAAUGUGGGACUCUUUCAGAAUGACUGUAAACAAUGGGAGAAGUGUCUUGUUUACAGUAUAAUAACGAUAUUUUAGAAGCCAUUUACAAGCUAACUGUCAGGUAAACAUACAGCAAGCAGUAAUUUAAUAAAACAACUCAAAGAAAUACGUACUGUGACCUUCGACGAGUUGAAAGUAACUAGAUAAGUGACGAGAUUAAACGUAAACUUCCACAGGUAGCGCGUCUCUAUUUGUAAACAGCCUGUGACGCAAUAAUCGGCCUGCGCAUGCGCAUUUCCCCAAAGUAGCACACCGACGGGGAGCACGGAUAGUCGGAACACCGGCUCUGAUUUAUGCCUUCCUAGUUAGGUGCCAAGGAGAAUGGAACACUUGGCUCGACGUCACUGGAGAUCAGGAUCCAGACUGCAGCUGUGUAGUCACUCAUCGUGACACGUUAGCGGCCUUGUUGCAAUGGAGCCACCAGGAAGCUCUGCAAGCAACAACACCCUGAGCUCAGCAGGUGGGGCCUGCCCAUGGGAGGUCAGCGACAGGGCUAGACUGUGCCGCUUCCUCUGCUAUGGCUCAGAGGGAGACAUGUACACUGCCAGAGGGGAGGGCCAUGUCACUAUGGAGAACGCUGCUGCCCUGCUCUCCUUUCUACAGGAGGGUCGGGGUGCUGAGGUGGUGGAGGAGGUUAUGAAGUUUGCCCAGGAGGGUCGAGCCGUCAGGCUGGGUCCCACCUUUUUUGCCUUGGCUUUAUGCUCCCAGCACCCUGAACUGAAGACCAGACAAGCUGCUUUCAAAGCCUUAAAGGUGGUAUGUCAGGACCCGGCCCAGUUGUUUUCAUUCAUUCAGUACAAAAAGGAACUGAAAGAGGGCAUGAAGUGUGGGAUCUGGGGUCGCGCCUUGAGGAAGGCUGUGUCUGACUGGUACAACGAGCAAGAUGCUCUGAGUCUCGCUGCAGCUGUAACCAGAUGUAAACAGAGAGAGGGCUGGACCCACCAGGAUCUUCUCAGGCUCGCCCACACCAGACCAGCCUCUGAUGCUGUUGCCUUGAUCAGCAAAUAUGUAACAAAAGGGUGGAAGGAGGUCCAGGCUGCUUACGCAGACAAGGAGAACUCGGACGAAGUCAUCAAAGUGCUCUCAUAUCUAGAAGUGGUAGAGAAGGUCAAGCAUAGCCGUGAUGAAACAGAGGUUUGCAACUUGAUAGAGGAGCACAAGCUGGAGAGAGAGCAGCUGCUGACGACCCAUCUGAAGUCCAAACAGGUCUGGAGGGCUCUGUUGAAGGAGAUGCCGCUUCAUUCAGUGCUAAAAAUCCUCGGAAAAAUGACGUCAAACAAACUCCUUGAACCAGGAAGCUUAGAAACUCAGACUGUCUGCGACAGGCUUCAGAGCGAGUCUGCUCUAGAGAAGGCCAAGAUCCACCCAUUCAGCAUUCUCCAGGCGUCAGAAAACUACAAGCGAGGCCAGGGCUGCCAGGGGAAAACCAAAUGGGAAGCAGACAGUAACAUCCUCAAAGCCUUGGACUCAGCCUUUUACAAAAGUUUUGUGAAUGUGGAGCCUGUCGGUAAACGCUUGUUGGUGGCCGUAGACGUGAGCACGUCGCUGAGCAGCAUCGUCCCGGGAACUGCCGUCAGCACUGCUGUAGCUGCUGCAGCCAUCACUAUGAUUUUUGCUCAGACUGAAGCAGAUACAGAUGUGCUUUCCUUCUCUGACGGACGUGUGGUUCCAUGUUCUCUGCGUCCUAACAUGACCCUCGCUGAUGUCACUGCUGAGCUGGUAAAGUUUCCCAACAGCACCACUGACUGCACCCUUCCCAUCGCGUGGGCCACAGGGAACAGGAAAUGUGUAGACAUCUUCAUCGUUCUGACCAACAACCCGCUGUGGACGUUCAGCGCUAGCCCAGUGGAGACGCUAACGAAGCACAGACUGGCAUCGGGGGCCAACUCCAAGUUAGUGAUGUGUGGCCUGACUUCCAUCGGACACACCAUCGCAGACUCGGAGGACUGCGGUUUACUCAACAUCUGUGGCUUCGAUGUCGGAGCGUUUAGUGUGAUUCGGAGCCUUGCCCAGGAUCUGAUCUGUUAGGGGCCGUUGCGUACAAACUGAAGGCACAAAGCAGACCAGCAUUGCUCACAUAAAUCCAAAAUAUGCUCACAUUCUUAAUUCCAGAUUCUCCUUUUUUGUUAUGUUGCUUCUAAACAGUCGACCAAGCGUCCAGCGGGCUGGACUACUAUCUGGAGGUGUUACGUAUGUUUUCUGUUAAAUCUGAAAAGAUGCAUAUGUAGCUAGCCCGAGUCUGUGGUUUUUGAUGGUUUUGGUAGUUUUAGAGCAAGAAGAAGGCAGGUAAGAGUCAGACUGUUGUAGCUGAGGAGGAGUGGGUUCUUUUCAUCUUGUAAUGAUGAAAGCACCAAAGUCAACAACAAAAACUUUUUGGCAUAAAUGGUUGUUUUUAAUGUUUUUGUUUGUAAACACCAACACUUUCCCACUGACCUUGCCUUUAGGCUAGUAAUGGUAGAGAUAACUAGUCUGUCCCGCUCCUGUUGAGUUUUUAUCAGAGACCCCCAGUGACUUGAAAUAUAAACAUCCAUGUUGGAGAUUAUUGUUGUUUUUGUUUGGAAACUCAUUUUUUCAGCUGAUGCUAAUGUUUCAAACUUUAAAGGUCAUGCUAUUUUAAACCUUUGAGAACAAAAGUAGGCACGUAUGAUAAAAUCUUGCCAAAUUGGCAGUAUUGAGAUGUCUUUAUCCUAAUGUAAGUUCUUUUUUGUCAGCCUAAAUUUAUACAUAGAAAUAAAGCCGUUAGUUUCGGUGAAGCCCGCUCCGACAAACGCGCCUACAACAGCGUCUUAGGCAAGUCAAUCGCUGUAUUGGCCUUGGUAGUCCAGUGUUUACAGCGUCUGCCUUUAACCUUGUUUUGCCAUCUCCUGAUGCCGAUUCCAUUCCCAGGGUCGGCAGUAAUUUAUUUAGCCAGCUGAAGUAGAUUUAAUUUUUUUAAAUAUAUUUUAGUUUAAUUGGUGAUUUUCCGCAAUGUGUUUUGUGUCUCUAAAAAUCUUUGCAUUUGGUCGUUUCCAUGCAGCAUUUUAGUUGUUUUACUCUGCUCACCUCACAUGGACUCACACUGGUUAAAUAAGCACAAAAAGUCAAAUAAAAAUUAGUAUUUAUAUUUUAAACAGUUUACUAAUAAAGGGUUGAAAACAGUGCUGGCCAGUGUAUCUAAAAAAAAGUUACUGCCGUGAAUGGGAGGCGAACCUUUGUAAGGUCAUAGCAAAACAGCCUACAAGUCAGUUACUCCAACCACUGGGCUACUAAACCCAAUAUGAAAUGUAAGUCGCCUAAAGCCGGGCGUACACAGUGCGACUUUUUCACUUUUUUUAGCCGAUUUUCCACUCGUGCGAGAAUCCACGAGAUCGGGGCGAGUUUAGCGCUGAGCGUCGUGUACAGGGGGUUACGAGAGGCGAUUAACACCACGUGACCAGCUACCGAUCAGCAAUCGUGAGCUCGCACAAACUUCUGGCGUGUUUAAUAUUUUGCUCGUCCCUCGUGAGGGUAUCGCACUGUUGAAGCGGCGCUGCGAGCAGCUGCGACCCAAAAAGUAUCAGAACCGCUCACGGCGCAUGCGCAAUCCUGCAUCAACACCGCUCGCCCGCUAUUUCCUAAUAACACACACUGUUUUUAUUUCUACACGUCACAAAGAUUGUCAAGAAAGCGUGUUUGUCGUGUUCAUGUCAAAUUAAACUGAUCACAAAACAGAUUUACUUUCUUUAUUUCGUUUUCCUCAUCCAACCCCCAUAAAUCCCUGUGUGUCCUCCUGCAGCACUCCCGAAGGACAACAGGCAAAACAAGACAAAAACAACUGACGUGUUGAGUAAAAACUGCUAUUUUUAGCAUAUUUUUAGGUCCGACGUGUUGCUACCAGACGUACAGUGUGAGCAGUCAGAUCGCAUCCGAGAACUGGGUCGUACAGUGUGAGCACAUGACUCGUGAGAUCUGCCCUGCGAGGAACUCGUACAGUUUGAGCUGAAGCUGAGUGCUACGAGUGAAAAAGUCGCACAGUGUCCGCCCGGCUUAAGACACAUGUCCUGUUCUGGCUAUUACGUGCGUAUUUGUGGACAGGACUCGUGGUAGAAGUAAUUUGUCAGAAUGUCCACUCUGGUACCGAUGAAGGUUUAAAGCAGUCAUCUGUGAUAUGAAGGUCACAUUCUCAAGUGCAACAUGAAAUCAACUGCUCUGUGCCUGCAACUAGGAGAAAGUGGGCGUUAGUGACCUACUUCUAGGGUAGGUGGGUUCCAGGUCUGAGACUAGCUUCAGAGGGAGGAGCAGGGCCUGAUGACACACCUAUAGGGCUUCUGCACUAGCGCCGGCUCUACUCUGCAUAGAUAGGGUAGGAAUUGUUCAUAUCCGCACAGCCUGGAUUUUUUUCAGCCCUCUUCCUAAGGUGGUCUACUUCAAUGUGAACUGGUCCAACACACCAACUGCCAACUGAUUGGCCAGCUCUAAUUCAUGCAUACCAUUAGGGGGAGCCUCCGAUUGGUGGAUAGACUCAGCCAGCAGGGACUUUCCACAUGUGCGAUUUAUUACCAUUCUGGAUACUGAGGAGGAAACAGCCUCAGGCUGAAGCCAUCUCUUUUCUUCCCCCUUCUCUCUGCAGUGAGGAGCACACACAGACUGGCUUAAAGUCAGGGUCAAUGCAUGGGUGGAGACGUAUUUCAUCCACACUUCCUGUUAGGAAAAUGCUUCUACUGAGGCAGUGAUAGACCGCACCCCCCUCAACUCCCCGCAUGUGCUGUCGGAGUUUCUCAAUCUAAAAACAAGUUGUUAGCGAGCACGCCCUCACACAAGACUUACCGCUCAGGAGAAGAGCAGACACAUUCUGCUACAUUCUGGAGGAUUUCCUGUUAAACACGAUCAUUAGAUGAAAAGGGGUGGAGGGCAUUUUUUUUCAAGGAGGAAAGCGGCUCAAAGCGCUAAUGUGUCCAAUCGGCAGGUGAGUGGCUGAGCCAGGUGGAGGUGCGGCUGCCUCACGUGGAGACCAGUGCAGUGCAGCCACGCAGUACUUUACUGACAAGGUCACGUUUUUCAGCUUAGCCAUCAACCACAGCUGAUUAUAAAUAAAUGUGGAGCAGAGCAGAUACAGGUUAUCGGCAAAAAUAAAAAAGAAAAGUUAAUUUAGGUGUUACUUGCUCUUUAAGCUGCGCCAGGACAGACACAGCAGAGCAGGAUGUAAUAUCAGUCGCCAAAAGCAGCAUUGCUUACUGCCACCUCAUUUAAAUUUUUUAAGGGAGACACUGCAGAUUUCUCUACAUGUUUUUAUUUAUUUUUUUAUUUUUGCCCUGCCCACGUGCUUGGAGAUGCGACCAUGACAUCACUGGUAUCUUCAUGCCAAUUUGUAGACCGCCCAUAUGCUCGGUCACACCUGCAUUCCUAAGAAUGAGUGGAAGGAUGUGUGUAAUCGACCUGGCCAGGCUGGGGCUGACUGCGGACUGGAGCUGGCCCUAGUGUGGAAGGCCCAAAGUUACCGUUGAGGCUUUUGCAGCUGAUGCAGGAAAAUGCAUGAAUGCCGCCAGAAACGGGUUUGGGGAUAUUUUUCAUGAGGAAAUAAUAUCACAUGGUAAAAAGCCCAGAAAAGUUGAUUUUCCAUGAUAUGGUUCCUUUAAGUGAGAUGGGCUGAAUCUGAUUCUGAAUUCUAUGCAUCAGAAAUGGAACACUGCGGGGGGUUUUCUGUGGAGGAGGAACGACCACAGAUGUUUAACAGACGUUUACAGUUACUGAAUUUGCUACAGUUUUAUUGCUGUAUCUUUAGUUCAUGACAGUUUUGUUAUGCAAAACUAAUAAUUGCUACUUUUGCAGAAUUAAACAAAAUGAAUGUACUUUUGUAUGAUGAGAAAAUAAGGAGAUUUAAGCUACUUUUGUUAUUCACCAGACACUGAAUAAUUACACUGUGCUGACAGUCAUUUUAUUUCUGGGGUGAUUACAUUCGUGCUCAUAGUUCAGUCUGAAGGAUAUUGUUUUUUAUUGUGAUCAUGAUAUAAAGGGUUAAUUUACAUUUAUUUAACGAACCAUAAGACAUGAGAUUCCAUAGUAAAUAUGACAGCGUCAGAUGGACCCGGAGGGUCAGUGAGUUCAGCUUUUAUUCUGAAAGGAACCGUUGCUUGGUUGGUAAAAUGCAACAGAUUUUAUCCAGCUUGUUGGUUCUCAGCUUAAAAAGGAAGUCCGGGUGGCCGGUCCAAUACUUCUCUUAGCAUGUGGUGAACUGCAGAGAACUGGACUAAGAUGGCGUGGGGACUGGUUUUAUUAAUCUGGAUAUUUUGAUUUCUGGUCGAAUCAAAGUUGGCAGAUUUAUAAACACCACAGAGACUAUGCCACACUUCAGAAAGGAAGGUUCUGAUUGGAUGAGUAAAAGCAAUGUGUCAUGUGUUUACAUUACGUGUGAUCAGCAUGUCUAGUGCAGCUAGAUUAAAGUCAUAUUACUUAUUAAAACUUACUAAUCAUAACAUUGUCAUUUCACAGAUUGGCCAACAUCUUAUUAUUGACUAACACUUUGUUUGAUUAGCUUUAUUAAAAAUAGAGUUCUUUGAUUUAUUAAAAAGAAAGAGUCCUUUG